AUGCAGUUAAAAUUAAUCGAAAAAUCUUUUGGUAAGAAUUUGCACUGAAAAAUGUUUCAAAAUUCGAUUAAUUUCAGAACCAGAACCACUGAAAACCAUCGAAAGUUCGAUUGCCGAACGCAAGGAUGACAAUCGAUUUGAUUGUGAGAAAACGAAAUGAAAAUCCUAGGAAAUAUCUAACAAUUGCGAUUUGUUGCAGCUAUGAAGGAUAUCGAGCGGAAUCUGUACACAAUCCCAGAAGAACAGAGGCACAUGUCACAUGAACAGCUUCAGGAGCUCUAUUCCAACGGGGGAGUCAUGCAAGUUUAUCCGUUCCGCCAAGACUCGAACACUGGUAUCCCGCCGCCGGUAUCCUCGUUUCAACAGGCCUUUGGAAAUAAUCGUAAGUCAUAAUAAAGUUUUUCUCUGAUUCUUCAAAUUAACUCUUUUAGCGGCAAUUAUGGCUGAAAUCAGGAAGAACGGAUUCGAGAAGCCAUCACCGAUUCAAUCGCAGAUGUGGCCAAUCCUUCUCUCGGGAAAGGAUUGCAUUGGAGUGUCGCAGACCGGAUCCGGAAAGACAUUGGCCUUCCUGCUGCCAGCGUUCCUGCACAUCGAUGCUCAACUUACACAGUACGGUCCGAAUGAUCAGAGGCCGUCGCCGUUCGUCCUCGUGCUCAGUCCGACUCGCGAACUCGCUCAGCAGAUUGAAGGAGAAGUGCAGAAGUACAGCUACAAUGGAUAUCGCAGUGUGUGCUUGUACGGAGGUGGCUCCAGAAGUGAUCAGGUUACCUCGUGCAAGGGUGGAGUUGAAAUCGGUACGUUUUAUUCGAGCAUUGGGAAGAUCGCCUAAUCGACGUCGUUUUUUAGUGAUCGCAACUCCGGGUCGUCUCACGGAUCUCUCCAAUGACGGCGUCAUCUCGCUCGCGUCUGUGACCUACGUUGUGCUCGACGAAGCCGAUCGAAUGCUGGACAUGGGCUUCGAAGCGGCGAUUCGUCGCAUUCUCUUCGAAAUCCGUCCUGACAGACUCGUCGCUUUGACCAGUGCCACGUGGCCAGAAGCCGUCCGAACUCUCACCGAUCGAUACACAAAGGAAGCGGUUAUGGCUGUGAACGGCAGUCUCGACUUGACGGUAAAUUGAUUGGAAUGACGGAAAUACACUCAAACUUUCUAGUCGUGCCAGAGCGUCGUCCAAUACUUUGAAUUUCUUCCUCAAGAUGCCCGUUUCAACCGCGUCUGUGAAAUUGUGGACUAUCUGAACAAGGCACACUGCAAGAACUACAAAAUGAUCAUUUUUGUGAAAUCGAAGGUGAUGGCUGACCAUCUUUCGUCGGAUUUCUGCAUGAAAGGCAUCAAUUCACAAGGAUUGCACGGCGGAAGGUCGCAGUCCGAUCGAGAACUCUCUUUGAAGGCGUUGCGGUCCGGAGAAGUUCAGAUUCUCGUUGCCACAGAUCUUGCUAGCAGAGGAAUUGACGUGCCAGACAUCACGUAUGGUUGCAACAUCGAAACCAAGUUUUUUAUUGAUUUAUUCCAGGCACGUGCUUAACUACGACUUUCCUAUGGACAUUGAGGAGUACGUUCAUCGAGUUGGACGCACCGGACGUGCCGGUCGGAAGGGAGAAGCGAUGAGUUUUAUGUGGUGGAACGACCGCUCCAACUUCGACGGACUCAUCUCGAUUCUCGAGAAAUCCGGACAAGAGGUUCCGGAUCAGCUGAGACGCGACGCCGCCCGUUACCAGCAGAAGCUCGCCGACGGCCGCGAUAAGCCUCGUCCGAACUUCCGCAACCGCAACAAGGAAUCGAACUUCCAGUCCUCUUAUUAA